CUCCCCGCCGCCAAACCCCCCCGUUCUCUCUCUCUCUCUCUCAUUCGAAAAUCGGCCCCAAACCCGCCCGUGCCUCUUCUCUGAAGUUCGCCGCCUCCGUCGAAGAUCACCGCCGCCAUCGUCGGAGUUCGUCGCCUCCGUCGGAUCUCGCCUCUCCUCCUCCUCCUGCUCAACGAGGAGGAUCGUGAGAUCGCAAAGAUUUGAUGUCGGGGACUAUGAGAACGACCUAGUCAUCCAAGAUUCCAUAAAGAAAAAGUGUCAGAGUAUAUAUAGAAAUUGGAAGCAUGAGUUGCACGCCUAUUAUCUUGGUUUAAUAGAGAAGGGAGUACCUGAUCCCAAGAACCAUCCACCGAAGCGUGUGGAGCCUAAUGAUUGGGUAUCGAUGAUCGAUGUGUGGGAAACUGAAGAAUGGAAGACAAAAUCUUAUAAAGCGAAGGAGAGUCGAUCAAAGUUGCCCUACAAUCAUAUAUCUGGUUCCCGAUCAUUUGCAGCAGCGAUGUCACUAAUCAAAUCAAAAAAUGAUGGGCAAGCUCCAUCUUUUCCGGAAUUUUACAAGGAAACCCACUACCAAAAAAAAAAGAAAGUAUGGGUAAACGAGAAAGCACAAGAUACCUAUGAGCAAUUAGUCAACAAGACUACCGAACAAUCUCAGUCCGAAGUUACAUCCCCGAUGAAUGAGUUUGAGAUCUCCAUUGAGGUACUUGGAAGGAGGCCAGGUUACCUGAAGGGGUAUGGGAUCCACCUUCGAGGGAGUUCAUCUACCAGGUCUCUUGCAAAGUCAGCUGAGCGAGAUGCUGAGGUCGUGGCUUUAAAGGAGACAGUAGCUGUGCAAGCCGAACAAAUUGCCUCACAAGCCGAGCAGAUUGCCUCACAAGCCGAGCAGAUUGCCUCACAAGCCGAGCAGAUGAACGCACAAGCCGAGCAGAUGAACGCACAAGCCCAGAAGACUGCUGAACUUGAGGCUUUAGUGCAUCAGCUAUUUGCACGUAGCCAGCCUGCAGCGAGCGGUGGUAGUAGAGAUUUCUCAUCGAGAUGAGGUCAGACUUGCAUUUAAUUUUUCAUUAUUAGACUUACUAGUAUUUAGACCCGUGCAAAGCACGGUUUCUAAAGAUUUCAACAAAAUCAAUAAAUAUAAAUUGGUCAUGAGAUUAAGAAGGAUAAUAUCUAUAAGGGAGGGCCAAACGAUCCUUCAAUUUGUACUGAGCAAUAUGAAGCCUAAAAUUUUGCUUUAAUAAGUCGCUCAAUGGCAUUAAGUUAUUGACAUUUCUCUUUUUAAUUGCACAAAUUCCAGCUUCUAAAAGACCAAUAAGCAAACUCAACCCCACAUCUAAAUUAAUAAUGUAUAUUAGUAUCAGGAGUAAUAUUUUAUCUUCAAAAAGUGUUAUUCCAAAAGUGAAUAGGAGCAGCGGAUCAAGGUUUGGCAUGUAAAGAUUUCCAGAUCGAUCCAUCUCCAGUAGCACAUUUUCUUUGGGUAUUAUGAUGGAUAAAGAUGACAUAUGCAAGUCUCUGCUUGCUAACUUUCUUGAGUUUGGAACUGGUAAGCUGAAGAACAUCUGCAGAUCUUUUUUUUUAAUUUCUCAUAGUCUGCUGUACAUAAAUUUUGAACAUGUUCAGCACGUGUAUAGUUUUUCUUUUUUUAUCAAACAUCACGUGUAUAGUUAAGAGAGUGAUUUGUUCAAAGUCUUGACCCCCCAUAUGCUGAUGCUAAAAUUGAGGUAGGUUUCUAUAUGACUCUCUUUAGUUGCUACCAUCCUUCAUUUUCUCCUAUCGGUACCUGGAACUCUCAUUAUUAUCCUUUACUAGUUCUGCCUAAUAUUUGUUCCUUGCCACUGAUAGUAUAUCUUUGCUACAAAUCCUUGCACACCUUUAUCGACAUGAUCAUUUUGGUACAUGAUCAGUUCACCUCAUGUAAUGAUACAUUCAGCAAGUAUUUUUAGUGUUUGUUUCAUGGAUAUGUUAACAAGGAAUACCUACAUGAUGCGAGCUAUUAUAUGCUUUUCCUUUUCUUCCAUGGUCAGGUGCUUACCAUAUCUGCAACUUGGAAUAACAAACCAUUUCAUUUUUCUUUGGCCGAGUGUUUUUCCAUCUAAUAAAUAUCUUUAUUCGUAUGCAGAAAACAAUGCUCUUAAUGCAGGUGUUGCUGUUCGUAUGCAGAAAACAAAGUCUCUUUAGGCACUUAAUGCAGAUACUCCUCCUGUAAUCAACUAUUUGUAAUUAAUGAUACAAAUUUGAGAUUGUCGUUUCUAGUUUUCUUGAUGUAAUCUGUUUUUGAGAGACUUUAUGUACUUGGGUAUGCAAAAGGAAGUUUGUAAAUUAACGCUUUUAGCGCUCAAGGGGAAAUGGAAAAAUAAACUUUUAUGUUGA